AUGGCAAACAAGUACGAGCUCCCCUUUCAGCUUGAUGACCCAAGCCUUCUACAAUAUGAUUCAUUUGUAAACAAUGAAUGGGUCACCUCCUCCGAAGGCAAGCGGUUUGAGGUUGUGGACCCUGGCACCGGCAAAGCUUGGGCAAGCUGUCCAGCAAAUACUGAAAAAGAUGUCCCAAGAGCUGUCGAAGCAGCGCACGCUGCGUUCGAGCAAUAUAAGAAGAUGAACCCACGACAAAGGGCUAUGCUGCUUAUGAAAUGGGAUGGGCUUAUCCGGGAUUCCCGUUCUGAUCUUGCAAAGAUUCUGACCCACGAAACGGGCAAACCAAUUGCUGAGUCGUUGGGGGAAAUUGACUACGCCCUGGGCUUUACUUGGUGGUUCGCCGGCGAGGCCGAACGCAUUCACGGCGGAGUUUCCACCCCUGCAGCGCCAAAUCGGCGUGUUUUCACUGUCAAACAGCCCAUUGGCGUUGCAGUUGCCCUUGUCCCAUGGAAUUUCCCUAUUGCAAUGAUUCUGCGCAAAGCUGGUGCCGCUUUCGCUGCCGGUUGCACGAUGAUUGUGAAGCCCAGCCCCGAAACACCCAUAGCUACACUAGCUAUUGCAAACCUUGCUAAAAAGGCUGGCUAUCCUCCUGGCGUCUUCAAUGUUCUCACCACAGACCUAGAUAACACUCCCUCGCUCAGCGAAGCCCUCUGCAAAGAUCCUCUUGUCAAGAAAGUCACUUUUACUGGCUCUACUCGUGUAGGAAAGCUCGUUGCGGCCCACUGUGCUCAAGGACUAAAGAAACUUACACUCGAACUUGGAGGCAACUGUCCAUUUAUCGUUUUUGACGAUGCUAAUCUGGAUCAAGCCAUUGCACAGCUCAUGGCGCUCAAGUGGCGUCAUGCAGGCCAAGCUUGCAUUACUGCAAAUCGGAUAUAUGUCCAAUCUGGAAUCUAUGAUAAGUUUGUUGCGAUGUUUAAGGAACGUACAGCAGCUCUUAUAGUUGGACAUGGUGCCAACGAUAGCACUACUAUGGGGCCGGUAACUACACCCCGUAGUAUUGAUAAAGCAGCCAGCCAGGUUGAAGAUGCUCGCAGGCUGGGUGCCAAUGUUGUCCUCGGCGGCAAACCCAAGUCAGACUGUGGAGGUGGAUACUUUUUCGAACCGACAAUCAUCACUGAUAUGACACAAGAGAUGCUAAUAUCGCGCGAAGAGACAUUCGCACCAGUCGCGGCAGUAUACAAGUUCGAAACGGAAGAGGAAGCUGUGGAAUGGGCGAAUGAUACAAGCAUGGGACUGGCGAGUUACGCGUUUACGAAGGAUGUAGACCGCAUGUGGAGAAUGCUGGAGAAUCUGGAGGCUGGUAUGAUUGGAAUGAACACUGGUAAUGCAUCUGCCGCUGAGUCUCCAUUUGGUGGCAUCAAAGAGUCAGGUUAUGGCAAGGAAAGCGGCAAAGACGUUGCCGUCAAUGAGUAUUUGAUAACCAAAACCGGAACCUUCACUCUAGAGGGUCAGUAUUAA